AUGGAAUUGAAAAAGAUUCCACGGAGAUCUGAUCAAAUUUUCGUUUUCUCGAUUAGAGAAGCAGCGCAACGAGUUGAGAAACCGAAGGUGCCAGAUUACUUUUUCAAUGCUUCGUUGAGUUAUUUGAGUACAGCUGAUAUCCCGUACAAUCACCGAUAUGAGUGGAUGAGAAAAGAUGAGAGUGAGAAAAGAG